AUGGAAGAAAUCGGCAUUGCGCCAACUGCCACGCAGGCAUCUGGAUCAAAUACACGAUCCAUAAAAAAUGGAGAUGUAUAUCUUCAAUACAAGAAACUUCAGCAACAGCUCGAGUUUCUGAAUACGAUGGAAGACUACGUGAAAGAUGAGCAGCGCAACCUGAAGCGUGAGCUUGUACGCGCACAAGAAGAGGUGAAGCGAAUCCAGUCCGUGCCUCUGGUGAUCGGACAGUUUCUCGAGCCCAUUGACCAGAUGACAGGCAUCGUUGGCUCUACUACAGGAUCAAACUAUGUGGUGCGCAUAUUAUCUACAAUCGAUCGUGAGCUGCUACGUCCUGGCAGCAGUGUUGCACUGCAUCGCCACUCAAACUCGCUUGUGGAAGUCCUACCGCCAGAGUCAGACUCUAGCAUCGUGAUGAUGAGCCAGUCAGAAAGGCCCACCGAGACGUAUCAGGAUAUUGGUGGUCUUGAUGUGCAAAAGCAAGAGAUUCGCGAAGCUGUUGAGCUUCCCCUUGUCCAGGCUGAUCUAUACCACCAAAUCGGUAUUGAUCCACCGCGUGGUGUUCUUUUGUAUGGCCCGCCAGGAACAGGCAAGACAAUGCUUGUCAAGGCCGUUGCAAACGCUACGACAGCAUCAUUUAUUCGGGUUGUCGGGUCCGAGUUUGUGCAGAAAUACCUUGGUGAAGGCCCCCGCAUGGUCCGUGACGUGUUCCGUCUUGCGCGUGAGAAUGCCCCGUCGAUUAUCUUUAUUGAUGAAAUUGAUGCCAUCGCAACGAAGCGUUUCGAUGCACAGACAGGUGCUGACCGAGAAGUGCAGCGUAUUUUGCUGGAGCUCCUUACUCAGAUGGAUGGCUUCGAUCAAGGCAGUAACGUCAAAGUCAUCAUGGCCACGAAUCGUGCAGACACACUUGAUCCAGCUCUGCUCCGUCCCGGUCGUCUUGACCGCAAGAUCGAGUUCCCGCUUCCCAACCGUCGCGAGAAGCGUCUCAUUUUCCAAACGAUCUGUGGCCGCAUGAACCUGAGCCCUGACGUCGAUCUAGAAGACUAUGUGAGUCGUCCUGACAAACUAUCGUGCGCGGAGAUUGCUUCUGUGUGCCAAGCCGCAGGUAUGCAGGCCGUGCGUAAAAACCGAUACGUCGUCCUGCCUGCUGACUUUGACGAGGCAUUCAAGCAGAUGUCGAAAAAGCACGACGAUAACAAGUUAGACUUUUACCAGUAG